AUGGUCACUAUUUGGGAACGUGUUGAGAGUGGGCUGAAAUCUAGGAAAAUAACAGACACGACCACACAGCAGACAAUCAACAAGAGGCCGCAUGGGGGCUUCUCUAAAAAGAAGGAGGGGCAUGCAAACGUUGUAAUGGAGAAGGCUCGCCCCCAAUAUCAGGUUCCAAUAUCCCCUAUGCCAUACUAUCCAUAUUCGUACGUUGCCGCAACUCAAUACCAACAAUCGCCUUUCCAGUAUCAACCGCAGAAGGACAACCGACAAUCAACACCCACUCAGAGAAAUCCAAACCAACAAUAUAAUCGAGCACAUAACCUAGGAAAUAAUUUUGGGAACCGACCCCAAGUUGACAAGAUCCCGGUGUCGUACUCCGAUUUAGUCCCCUAUCUAAUUCAUGUAGGGAAAAUCAUACCAAAAGAAUUGCCCGCAGGCACUCCUCCAUUCCGCGCCAACCACGAUCCUAAUGCUUCGUGCGCGUAUCAUACCGAAUUCAUAAGGCACUCUACAGAAAAUUGUUGGGCACUUAAAUACAAGAUUCAAGACUUGAUCAACCAGAACAUCCUGACCUUCUCCGAAGAAAAACCGAAUGUAAAGACAAAUCAUUUGCCAAAUCAUAGUGGUGCGUCAGUCAACGCCGUGAUUGAAGAGGCAAGUACCGAAGUCAUACUGAAAGUUGAAGAGGUGAAGACUCCGAUGUCCGUUGUAUUACAAAAGCUUGAACAAUAUGGGUUUUUAGAAGAGGUGCAUGAUGAUUGCACAAUAUGCGAGUUCGAUCCAGAUAUUUGCGAGCAGUUGAAAGGGUGCUUGCAGGUACUAAUGGACCAAGGGUUAAUACAGUUCUCCAAAUCUCAAGCAACAAAAGAAGUGGCCAUAGUUGAACCAAUAACAAUUGUAUAUAGGAAGAAGAAAGUUGAAGCUCCUCCCAAAAGGAUUCAGCCGAUUCAUUCCCGUGUUCCAACUCCGUUUCCGUAUCAGAAUACUAAGGCAGUGCCUUGGAAUUAUGAGAUCACCGCGUAUUUGGUAGGGAAAGAAAUCUGCGUUCCUGAUACAGAAAUAGUCAACAUCGUUGGAGCGGGAGGCAUGACUCAAAGCGGCCGUGUAUUCGCUCCUAAAUACACUCCUAAGGUGUCUCCAACACCCACAGUUGUCUCGCCUAAAGAGAAGGCAACUCCUACGCCAACUCCGUAG